AUGGCUGGAGCUUUGAUCGGAGAGGCCUUUAUCUCUGCUUCCAUCAAGGUGUUGUGUGACAAAAUUGCUUCACGCGAGUUCAUUGAUUUAUUUCGGCAGAAGAAACUCGAUCAACCUCUCCUCAUGAAACUGAAGAGGACGCUGUUAACCUUGAACGUAGUGUUGGAUGAUGCAGAGGAGAAGCAAAUUGAGAAACCGGCUGUGAGAGAGUGGCUUGAUGAGCUCAAACAUGCAGUCUUUGACGCAGAGGACUUACUGAAUGAGAUCAACUAUGAAGCUUUGCGAUGCAAGCUGGAAGGUGAAUGUCAAGCCGACAAUUUAACCAAUAAGGUGUGGAACUUCCUCCCUACUUCUCGUAAUAAAUUUUAUCAAAGCAUGAAUGCUAAGAUACAAGAGUUAUUACGAAAACUAGAAGACUUUGUACAACUGAAAAGUGCUCUUGGUUUGACAGAAGUUGUUGUGAGGAAGGUUUCACAAAGAACUCCGACAACUUCCUUGGUUCAUGAACCUUGUGUAUAUCGUCGAGAUGAAGUCAAAGAAAAUUUAUUAAAAGUCCUGUUAUCUGAUGAUGCAAGCAAGGAUGAUGUGUCUGUCAUCACCAUUGUUGGAAUGGGAGGGGUUGGCAAGACAACCCUUGCUCGACUGCUUUACAAUGAUGAUAAAGUGAAAGAAAAUUUUACACUUAAAGCUUGGGUUUGUGUUUCAGAAGACUAUGAUGCUAUCAGGGUAACUAAAACUCUUUUUGACUCAGUUACUUCAAAACCUUGUAAUACGACAGAUCUGAAUUUGCUUCAAGUUAAACUAAGAGAACAACUGAGGGGGAAGAAAAUUUUAUUUGUGUUGGAUGACCUUUGGAAUGAGAAAUAUAGUGAUUGGAACUGCCUCCAAACUCCUUUUACUUCAGGGGCAAGGGGAAGUAAAGUCCUCGUAACAACACGGAACAAAAAUGUAGCAUCUUUUAUGCAAAACGUUCCUAUUCAAACCUUGGAACCAUUGUCGCAUGAAGAUUGCUGGUUAUUACUUGAGAAACAUGCGUUUGGAAAUGUAAACUGUAGUGCACAUCCAAGCUUGGAAGAAAUCGGCAAGAAAAUUGCACGCAAGUGCAAUGGGUUGCCUUUAGCUGCACAAACACUUGGCGGUGCGUUACGUUCCAAGCUAGACUUUGAGGUAUGGAACAAAGUACUAAACAGUAGCAUUUGGGAGUUACCUUACCAGAAAAGUGACAUUCUUCCUGCUCUAGGAUUGCGUUAUUAUUAUCUUCCAGCUAAAUUAAAACGAUGCUUUGUUUAUUGUUCAAUUUUGCCGAAGGACUAUGAAUUCAAGGUAGAAGAUGUUGUUUUUCUUUGGAUGGGAGAAGGUUUAAUUCCCCAAGCUGAGAAUGGGGAAAUAAUGGAAGAGAUGGCUAAGGAAUAUUUUGAUGAACUGUUAUCCCGAUCAUUGUUUCAAAUGCCAGGGAAGUCAAGUUUCACUAUGCAUGAUCUCAUACAUGACUUGGCCGUGUUCAUGUCUAAAGGAUUUUGUUCCAAGUGGGAAGGGAGGGAAUCACAUGAAGUGGAAAAAGUUCGCCAUUUGUCAUAUGCAAGGGGAAAAUUUGAUGAUGCUCUUAAAUUUGGGCCAUUAAAGGGGGCUAAGUGUUUGCGGACCUUCCUACCUCACUCUUUAAAUCCAUAUUACUCUUACGAAGAGUAUUAUCUAAGUAAAAAGGUUCUACAAGAUUUGUUGCCAUCACUCAGAUGUUUACGGGUGUUAUCAUUGUCACAUUAUUGGAAUGUCACUCAGUUACAUGAUUCUAUUAAAAAUCUCAUUCAGUUGCGUUAUUUGGAUCUCUCUGGUACUGCAAUUGAAAGGUUACCUGGUGUACUUUGCAGUUUGUACAAUUUGCAGACAUUACUACUGUCAAAUUGUUCCUCUCUCGUUGAAUUACCUGCAGACUUGAGAAAAUUGGUAAAUUUACAGAAAUUAAUGCUGGGAGGUUGUGCGUCUCUUGCUAAAUUGCCUGUAGACAUGUGGGAAUUAAUUAGUUUGCGUCAUCUUGAUAUUAGUGGAACUACAAUUGCAGAGAUGCCAGCGCAAAUGAGUAGACUAAAGAGUUUGAGAACGUUGACCGCUUUUUUUGUGGGGAAAUCUUCUGGGUCAACCAUUGGAGAAUUGGGGGAGCUUACGCAUCUUCGAGGAAAACUUUCAAUUCUAAAGCUGCAAAAUGUAGUUGAUGCUAAGGAUGCCGUGCAAGCCAAUUUGAAGAAUAAGAAGGAUCUCAAGGAGUUAGAGUUGGCAUGGGGCGAUGAAGACUCGAAUGAUUCUGAAAAAGUUAGACAUGUACUUGACAAGCUCCAGCCUUCAAUUAGUUUGGAGAAACUGACCAUCAAAUUUUAUGGUGGAACCAACUUCCCGAAUUGGUUAGGAGACUCAUCCUUCUCCAACAUACAAAUCAUGCAUCUCAGCGAUUGUCCUUAUUGUUGGUCACUGCCACCAGUUGGAGGGUUACCUGCUCUCAAAGAGCUCCGCGUAGAAAGGAUGAAAUUUGUCAAGACAAUUGGUGUUGAGUUUUAUGGCAGAAAUGAAGCGUCUCUAAUUCAGCCAUUUCAGUCACUGGAGAAGCUGGAGUUUGAGGAGAUGGCAGAGUGGGAGGAAUGGGUACCAAGUGCAAGUGGAGGUGAACAUGGUCCAGACUUUCCUCGUCUCCAAGUGUUGAUUCUAAAUGAGUGUCCGAAGCUGAGAGGAAGUUUGCCUUGUGAUCUGCCUUGCUUGAAGAAACUUAGCGUGUAUGGGUGUGCGGAGUUACAUGAUCAAAGGGCCACUUCUACUACUGGUACCAGUCUUAACAUGAACUCCUACAAAUCUCUUCAAGAACUGAAAAUUAAAUUAGAUUAUGGAUGCCAAACAGGUGUGUCAUUACAAGAGGCAAAGUUAUUGUCCGUACUUGACGUUGGAAAUUUUGAUGACAUACCGUGCUUGCCCAACACCAAUCGUCUUCAACGUUUGUGUGUUUGGAAUUGUCCAACCCUAUCGUCAUUAGAAUUCCUACCUCAUGAGAUGUUGGCCAAAUUGACAUCGCUUGACUUUUUCUGGAUAGAGAAUAGCUGUGAUUCAAUGAGGUCCUUCCCGUUGGGCAUUUUUCCCAAAUUGACGUGGCUUUACAUUAGGAAUUGUGAGAAUCUGGAAUCCCUUUCCAUUGAAGAUGGAGUUGGUCAUCUCAAUACAUUGUCUAUCUCAGGCUGUCCAAAUCUGGUGUGUUUUCCCCAGCGAGGAUUGCCCACUCCCAACCUGACUCUAUUGGAAGUUGGUGAAUGCGAGAAGUUGAAGUUAUUACCUGAACGUAUUCACACCCUCACAGCCCUUCGAGAUUUGAGGAUAACCAAUCUUCCAAAUCUGGAGUCAGUUGCAGAAGAUGGGGGUUUGCCUCCCAACCUCCAAUAUUUUGGCAUUGAGAAUUGUGAGAGACUGAGGCCUUCAUCAGUGGGAGUGUACUGGGGUUUGCAAGGACUUGUCUCCCUUGAAAAAUUUACAAUUGGUGGCAAGGGAAGUCACGAAAUCUUGGAGACCUUGCUCAAGCAACAGCUGCUCCCUACCACUCUUCAACGCCUCCAGAUCAGUGAACUUUCAAGUCUGAAAUCUUUGGACGGAAAAGGACUUAAAAACAUCACUUCUCUUUCUUUUCUGAGCAUCUCCAAUUGUUCUGCCCUGGAGAAAACGUAUGAGAAUAAGACGGGAGAUGAUUGGGCAGCCAUAUCUCACAUUCCUUGCAUCAAGAUAAAUGAUGAAGUCAUCAUAUGAUAUGACCUCUCUCUCAGACACUCCUUGCAUCCAAUGUUUCACUAUCAACUCUCAAAUCAAAUUCAGGACAGCAUACCUUCUCCUGG